GCGGGACAAGUACGAGCCGACUGUCAAGCUGUACUGGGUGGACACCAAGAUCUCAGGAAAGUAUGAGAAGGAGGCCAACGAGCUGUACAGGGAGUCGGUGACCGGUGAAGGGGAUGCUGAGGACUUCCAGGUGGGUGGUGUGAUGACCAAAGACGACCCGAUGGACUUCGAUGAAGCAGGAUCGGGUGAUGAUGCUGAUGACGACCAUGAGGAGGAUGAUGAUGGAGCCAGCAAAUCUCAUCGUGGCAAGAUCGACAAGGCGGCUGAGGAAGCUGCCAUGGAGGACGUCGAGAACGUCCGGAGUGUCAUGGCCAACCUCUUGAAGGCACAGGGCCGGCUGAACGCAACGUCGGAUAAGCUUCGGGAGAUUGGUUCGGAGGCUGCCACUGAGUCCGAGGAGAAGAUCCAGAACCACGUAAAAACCCUCAUGAAGCUCCACGAUGAGCUAGCCGAUGUGAAGUCGCACUUCGAUGGCCAUGGAGAUUUCGAUGCCAAGUCCCUUGAUGCAAUUGCUUGCCCCAAUACAUGA